AUGAGCCUCCUCGACUUCGACGAUUUCCAGUCACGUAGAUUGCAAUGCAGGCUAGCCUCCUGGCUUCGUCUCCAGCGUCGUGGACCUGGACCUCUGUGUGGACCAUCUCCCCUCACCGACCCGGGCCCAAAGAUUCGUACUCUCCACUUCACAUAUGCCCCCCAGGGCCCCAGUCCCAUAGACAGGUUCGAGAGGAGGAGGGUCGGACUGGAUCCUGAGAUAACGUUGAGGAGGCAGCGCGCAAUGGACAUUAGGAGGGGCGGCCACUUUUUCGGAGCCAUUUACUAA